GCCGCCGUGGCCGGUCUACGCGAAGAAUCUUGGGUGUUAUGGAAGUUGGCGUCUAGGUUGACAGCCGUCAUCGUGCAACACACUAACCGGUAGAUACCUUUGAGGCCUCUUCCGGAUAUCAGUAUGAGAAGUCCUAAUCCCUGUUGAUUCUCGUUGAGUUCAUUCUAAAGUCAAUACAAAUAAGGGGGUUAUUGGGCCUCGUUCUUCUGUUAAGCAUACGUACCGUCCCAUAAACAACCACCCUCUCCCGCCUUCCUUUCAUUAUAUUAUCCUACUCUUACUAUGAUAUUCUCUAGUAUUGAUGGUAUACAUUGGAUCGCCGACUUAUCAUCGACAAGCAUUCGUUACCAUGCUAUACAUCGAGUCGUGCUCCAACAGGACGCCAGCUCAACCUGAGAAUGAUCUUGGCCAGGGAACUGACGCUAAUACUAACUCGGCAUAUCGAGGUUACUUCCCAGGUUGCCAGCACCACUCCCUUGAACAGUCCUCGGGCUUUACUUUCCAGGCGGGCAUUGAUAUCUCAGCUUUCCCCAUUCCAUCGCCUUCCCCCCCAAUCGAAAGUUAUAUUGGUGCUUGCCCACAAAUGGCGAUAUUCCCAGAUAUCGGGCAACCUGUCGAACCCACCAGCCCUGGCCACAGUUGUCCAUACGAUCAAGAUCAGUUUGCUAUGCUCAGUCCUGGCCAGUUUAAUGAGCAUGAUGAGCAGCUUUCCACGAUAGUCCUCGACCAAGUUCAACUCGCCACACCCAAUCUCGACGAGCCUGGUUUCCUUGAUUAUCAUCGACUGACUAUGUCGAACCCCGAUCAAGGCCAAGUCCCCGCGCUCUAUUUUGAGCAGCCCGGGUUCUCCGGUUUCGAUGAGUUGGUUACGUCAAGCUUCAACCAGAAUCAGCUUGCUGCGCUCAGUCAUACCCACUCUGAUUUAUCCAGCCAUCAGUUUGAUACGUCGAGCCUUGACCAAACCCAAUUCAAUACGUUCAAUUCUGGCCAGUAUGAUUCGUCUGACUGUAGCCAGUUCACCGCGUCGACCCUCAACCAACCCGAUCCGUCCGGUUACGAUCUGGCCGGUGCGGUCAGUCCUAGUCAGUCUAUUAUGUCCGCCAGCCCUAGUCAGCCCACUAGUCCCGACGAAUUUACGCCGCCAUCUGCUGGCAGCUCUAGGUCUCUGCAUUACUGUAAGGAGUGUGGGCGUGAAUUCCAAUAUGACAAGGAUCUGGCCCGUCACUUAAAUACCACCAAGGUGCAUGGUAAUCUUCAACACUACCAUUGCGCUUGUGGGAAGGGUAAGCAAUCACGCAAGGACAAUCACAAACGUCACGUGAAAAAUUGCGAGAAGAAGAAGCAGGGUGGACGUUACAGAUGCAAGUGCGGCGACGAGGAUACUCACGAAAAUGACCAUCUCCGACACGUUAAAAGUUGCGGACGGCGUCGUGUUGGUCGCCCACCCUGCCCUCGAGGCCGAGCUGCCUCCGGCCCAUCCCCGGCCUAGUACGUCUGGAUUUUCCCGUGGCUACCACCGGGAUAAUGUUUCCUCAUGUGGCUGGAUUUGGACGCAACUUCUUUUGGAUUGGGU